GGUCAACAAUUGAAAGUGACCUCACAGGAACUGGUUUCUGGUGCGACAUUUCAGCUGAGAUAUUCCCACAUCCAGCUUCACCCUCUCAUAUCACUUUUAACGCAGUCGUCUCCAGCAUCGUCUAUAUGAUCGACUCAGCCGUCGAGACGCAGCGUUCAUUUCGAGUAGCAUCCGAUGCGUGCUGAACAAAGUUUAGAGAAAGAACUAGAUCUGCUUCGACGUCAUUUCCGAUGGAAUAUUCCAGUGAAUCCUGAUAUGCCUUUAAAAAGAGACCCUGAAUAAGAGAAAUGUGUUGUCUGUCAUUAACAGGUGCAGGACAGAACAGUAUCGUCGUUAAUAGAAAAUCAUAACUGUUUAUCACUGAAUGCGAAUAAAAUAAAAAUAAAAAAUACAGUGUCGUCGACUGAAUUCAACAACAGCCGUUAUUUGUCUGCGUUUGUUUUGAUUGGCAUCGCUCUGUGCUUGACAUUGAAGGUAAGUUUCUCAGCGUGACAUACCAAGACGCUUUGAGGAAUGAUGGAAUUAAUUUGUUUUUGUUAAUUUAAGCUCAGUAGGCUUACAAAAAAAAAAAAAAAAACAUAGAACAAUAAAUUAUUUUUGUGCAGAAUAAAAAGUUUUCAUUCAUUUUAUCUUUAACUUAAUCAUAAAAACUCGUUUUUUUUGUUGUAAGGUGAGGGAACUGCCUGAGGUAAGAUGCCGUACUAUGAUAUAGCCCACAAGAUGGCUUGGUGCUCUCUGAUGUUGAAUACGCAGUUUUUUUACACUAUAAUCUAGAACACAUAGCAUGCAUUUAAAAGAUUUGUAUGUAAUUUUACGUUGGCCUAUCUUUUUAAAUUAAUUAUUUAUUUAUUUAUUUAGAAAAAAAGAAAGGCAGAAACGAUUUAAUCCUACCUUAACCUUAUUAUUAACCACAGAGCCGACAAGUUAUAGCCUACGUUUUUCUUUUUCUUUUUAUUAAGGUGCCCAUUUUCCCCUAUUUAGUACGAUAGUUGUCUGCGUAGGUUAUUUGUGAUGUUAUGCAAUAGACACGUGGUUCUGAUGCAGAAGUCAAUGUCUGUUUAAAUACAUCUCACCCUUCAUUCAGCCAGUAAAGGAAGAAGUUUCUUGUCAUUUAACCCUGCUACUGGCUAGACCGUUUCAUUUGCUAUUUGGCUUGAAGAUCUCUGUAGAACAUCAUGAUCCUCCUGACUCCUACUUCUGAGCAGUGUGGCGUGCUUUUGGAGCAGAUCUGUCUGUUUUGCUGAUCGGUGGAAGACGAGGGGAGUGUUCAUUUGCUAGUGGCACAGAAAUUACUCUCUUUAAAUGUACAUGUGUUUAUGCAUGCUUCACUUACAUAGAAAAGCAGCUUAUGCCAAAUAACGAAAGCUGUGUUGUCAAAUGACAAUUUUUUGUGUCUUUUCUCAUGCGAUAUCUGCAAAUGGUGGCUCUUUUUGAUCUCUAGCAUAUUGCAUAAAAUGUGAUGCGAAUGAUAAUGUGAAUGUCUGUAGCAAAAAGACACAUUCAAGCCACUUGAGAUGUUCGUUUAGAUUUUAUGCCCACUGAUUUCCUUCAACACAAAGACCUCUUUGUGCGACUUCAUUGAAAAUCACUGCAGUGUUUCAGCAUCUUGGUCACACUUAAGGAAAAGCACUAGAAUUUUAACAAGCCUUUCUUGCAGUUAAUAUUUUUUCUUUUGUGGUACAUUGUGAAUCUAAAAGUACACAUAAAACUCUCAUCUUUAUAGUAAAUCUUGCUCGGCAGAAGGAUGAAAUUGCAAUGUGCUUAAAUGCAGUAAAAAAACUGACCACUGAAAUUAUUAAUUAAGAUAAAUCUAAUUUAAAGGGGCUAUAUGUAAGAAUCAAACAACUUAUGAACAUGAAAAUUUUUUGCAAAAAGGUAGCUUACAUAUGUUACUAUGAGCUAUUUGAAAUGCACAACACAGUUUCUCUCACACUUGCUUUAUAUUUUGGCCUAUGACUAAUUCUAAGUGGAGCGAUCUAAUAUAGUAACUGUCAAAUAUUAUCCUGCAAAGAACAAUACUAGUUUGAUUUUAUCUUUGACUUUGAAGAUGACCACAGAAUAAGCAAGAAUAAACCAUGCGUUAAAGAAUUUUAAAUGCAUUUACAUUUUUUAAAGCACGGCUACGUGAUGAUUAUCCCUUACAUAUAUAUUUUUUUUAUUUUAAUCCUCAAAAUGGGUCACGACUGGCUAUUUUAAAAUUAAAGGAAAUAUCUAAAUGCAGCAAAACAUAAUUUAAUAAACAAACAACGGAGAUCCAAAAAACACAAGGAGACAGGCAAGGUACAAUAACUGACGAGAAUGGAAAGUGCAAAAACUAUAAGCACAAAGUGAAUCAAACAAAAGCUAAACAGGAAUCCAAAAACUUAGAGACGAUACCAAACAAAGUGAGCAAACAAACAAACCAAACAAACAACCAACCAUCUGGAGCAUAAAAUAAAGCAGGACAGAGUAAACCAGAACAGUGCAAAAAUCUAAAGGCCAACUAACACAACAUAACAGGGCUUAUAAAGACAGAACUAAUUGUUUCAACAUUAGCACUUUGCUAUGAUCAGAUGCUUUCUUAAUGGCUGUUUUCUCACUUAUUUAUAGUGUUUAUUUUGUAAUUAAGAUGAAAGUGCUAAGCAUUUUUUUUUACAUAUUUAUCUUAAAGGCAGCUGGAUGUUUGGUGUUAGUAUAUUGGAACAAAGACAUUUCCAGCUUAUUUUCACUUCUAAUGAAAAGAACUUCACUUUUAAUAUCCAUCUUAUUUGUCAUGUGACUUGAAUGGAUCUAAACUUCCGGUCUCAUUCUGUUCCAUUGAUUUAUAGCCAUAAAAACAGCUUGUCUUACUGCUUGAUAUUUUAAACUAGUAUUUUCUUAUAAUAAUGUUUUAAUUUGAACUUAUUGUCAUAAAUCUAUUGUCGUAAACACACCGGGUUGUUGCGUACAUUGUUUACUGCCAUUUGUUAUUUCUAGUCUACUACACAUAGGCUACAUAGAAUAAAGUGAGUAAUGGGUCAUUGACUUAUGUUUAACCUCUUAUAUUAUAUGUACACGAUACUUUUAACAAUUUGCAGUUAGCAGUUCACUAAACAAACACCGGUGUGGCUAAUAACAUGGGUUCUUUAAUUCUACAUAAAGCCCCUUUAGGAUUUUACUGUUAAUCGGCUGUGCACCACAUGAUUCCAGUUGUUGUGGGUGUGAACAAGCACAGUGAAAGAUUUGAUACAAAUCAAGCGGCUGCUUUCUAAAUAUUUUCAGGGUGUCUUUUAGGCCUUGUUUAGAGGGCUAGUAGUUGUAGGUCAAUAUGAUGGACCGUAGAUAAAUCAUAACUCCAGAAAUGUUUCCUCCUAAAACAUCUUUCUGUUAUCUGUUGAAAGCAUGUGAUAUGAUGUGGUAAUGCAUUGUGGUUUUAGUGCACAGCAGGAUGAGCAGUCAUUUGUAAUCAUGUUUUUUAACAUUUCAAAUAAGUGAGAAAGUUUCACUCUGUUGGUAAGUGUAUGUUUUUUUCCCUCAGCAUGUCUUAUUUACAUUUAAUUUAAGUACCUUUUAAAUAUUACAGUCUGGUUGAAAUUGCUGACUAGUUGAAAUGAUAAAUAUAUAUUUUUUUACAUUAGAGUAUUAUUGAUUUUUUAUUUAUACAGUGAUCGUUUCAUUUUAAUAUGUUUCUGUUGAUUACAUGUCUUUAUAAGAUAGUUAACUUUGAUUAAAGUACAUGAUUUAUUAUGUAAGUAGUUAUAAAUAUCACAAUGCAUGUUUUAUUACUUACUAAUGAUUAAAUGUUGUGCAAAGUCACUGGAUAGAGUGAUAUGGAGUAACAUUUUAAAGUUUAACUAGUUGACUUCAUGCUGCUUUAAUAUAUUUUUACAUUAUGUUUAACUCUCAAAACCAUGCACAGACAAAAAUGGAGCUGUUGUGUAACUGCUCACGUUUCUUUUUGGUAGCCUUUCUUCAGGAAGCGAAAAAGCUGCUCCUAAACGAACAGGCGAACUGGGCACAUCUUAAGGAGUUUGCCCGUAAAAAUGCUGCCAAUGCUCUUUCUGUUGCCAACCUUCUCAUGGGCAUGGCCUCGAUCCUCUGCAGUCUCAACGGCCAUCAUUAUGCCGCAUGCUGGCUGGUUCUGAUUGGGUACCUGCUGGAUUUGGCAGAUGGAGCGGUUGCCAGGCACCUGAAUGCAUGUUCUGCUCUGGGUGCAAAGUUGGAUGAUUUUGCUGAUUUCACAACAUUUGGAAUAGCAACUUCACUCCUCCUGAGGACACCCAGUCUGCUGGAUAACAUCCUGUGCAUGCUCUACAUGCUGUCUGUCUUUGUACGUCUCUGCUUCUUCUCCAGCGGAAUCCCAUUUGUGUACCGUGGCCUGCCGUGCAUCUACUCCUCGGCCAUCCUCGUGUGUGGUUCUCUACUGACUGGAGGAAAUAUGGCCGUACUGAGAAUCUUAGCUGUGGCCAUGAUUCUCUUCAUGAUCAGUCAGAACUUCUACCCGCAUGACAGAGUGCUGGAGUCCCAGGCCUGGAAGAAGGUGGUCUACAUCGGAGGAGUUGUGAUGGUGUUCUGCUCCUCCUUUCCUCCAGCUUGUGUUUACUACUUGUUAUGGUCAGUUUCCUAUAUACUGUUUCCAACAACCCUGUGGAGCUGCAAAGUGUAAGAGAGGCUCUGUCCUCACACAAUCCCUUUCUGCUUCUUGAAAACAACUCAGAAAAACUUUUUUUUUUUUUAAUCAUUUUUGUUUUGAAGUGAUGAACUUCAUGAAAUGGACGUCCUCUGGGAGGCUUCGGACGUCUUGAUUGCUGCUGAUGUUUUUUGCUAAGAAUGAGAAAUGCUUUCUGCCUCACAUACAGUAUAACGUCAUGCUUUUAAAUGUCACGUUGACAGAAAUAUUAACAGUAUGUGUGUUGUUUGUCUCACAGCUCGGUCUGCCUGAAUCAUAUGUGAGGCAAGAAACUGUGUAGAGAUUGUCAGAUUUGCUGUGGAUUUUAUAUUCUUAUGUUUUUCGGUUGUUUGAGAGACUGAUUGGAAAAAGGUUUCACAACUCAAUAAUCACGAUUUCUGAUUACAUUGCCUCUUAAAUCAAUACUGUAAGGAUGCUUAGACAUAAUUUAAAACAAUGAAUACUGUAAGGGAAUUUGUAUGCAUGUGAUCUGUGUAAAUUAAUGUAAAAACACUGCAGCGUAAUCAAGGUAGAGGUUAAAAUCCUCAUAGACUGUAGUUUAUCUAUUGCCUGUUGAUGUGUGAGUUGUAUGUUCCAUAUAAUUUUAGAUGGGUCUUCAAACAAAUGCCUCGUAACAAUAUGAAGACUAUGGCAGUUGGAUUUAUUUUGAUAAGUUUAUCUGUAUCAUUUAAGGGCCUCUGUUUUAAGGGGUCCCGACUCCUGUUUAGCGAGUGAUUUUGCAUUGGGUUUGCUGAGUACUGUAAUACUGCAACAACAGUAUUAAGGCCUUACAUUGUGUUCUGUUGCACCAACUUGUGAUUACUUUUUAUUAAAAUUUAAGGGGUGUUUAAAAAAA